AUGGCCUACCGUCGAUGUAUUAUGCAAGACAGCUCUGUGCAGAACGUGCCAGAGUCAGCUGACGAGCCGACUGCAGGUGCGGCGCCGGAGCCGCAGAGUGGCUCGUGGAGCGAACAAAGGGCUCUACCGGAAGGUCUGCAGGAGAAUCCCUCGGACCACGUGGAGAAGCCGGUGUUCGAGCCAACUGGAGGUGGAGCGAGGCAGUCGGAGAGCCGAUCGUCGAACCCAGAGCCGCCUGUGAGGGAAGGGCUGCAAGACACCGAGCGGAAUCCCUCGGACCGCGUGCCACAGCCGGCGUUCGAGCCAACUGGAGGUGGAGCGAGGCAGUCGGAGAGCCGAUCGUCGAACCCAGAGCCGCCUGUGAGGGAAGGGCUGCAAGACACCGAGCGGAAUCCCUCGGACCGCGUGCCACAGCCGGCGUUUGAGCCAACUGGAGGUGGAGCGAGGCAGUCGGAGAGCCGAUCGUCGAACCCAGAGCCGCCUGUGAGGGAAGGGCUGCAAGACACUGAGCGGAAUCCCUCGGACCGCGUGCCACAGCCGGCGUUCGAGCCAACUGGAGGUGGAGCGAGGCAGUCGGAGAGCCGAUCGUCGAACCCAGAGCCGCCUGUGAGGGAAGGGCUGCAAGACACCGAGCGGAAUCCCUCGGACCGCGUGCCACAGCCGGCGUUCGAGCCAACUGGAGGUGGAGCGAGGCAGUCGGAGAGCCGAUCGUCGAACCCAGAGCCGCCUGUGAGGGAAGGACAAGUCUCCCAUGCCGCGGUAGCCGACCUUCAUGAGCAGCCGCAGCGAGGUGGGCAAGUUGGGCCAUCGCGUGGAGAGGAGAGAGCGGGCAGGUCAAACGAGACACGAGAUUCCUCUGCUUCGCGCAGCAGGGCUCCCCAGCCAUGGGAACAACGUCCUUUGCUUCCUCCAUCGCGAGCAAACUCCAGACCGGAGCUUCCAGGUGUGGGACCACUGAAGGACCUGGCAAGCUGCGGUGCGCCGAUGGGCGAAGCACCAGCGGCAAACCAGGCUUCUGUGGCCAACGCGUCAGGCGAGGAACGCGAGGAACGAGGCCAGAGGAGCUCUGGGGCGAUGGCUCCCAUGCCGCCCUUGCCCAUAGAAACGGCCGAUGACAGGCGCUGGGUUGUGCAGGGCACCAUCCAGUCGGUGCCUCCAGUCCGCGAGGCUUCUCCUCGUCGGUCUGCUUCUCCUGCAGUCCGCCCAAGCGAGGCACGGCCAUUCUACGACCUGAUGCGUGAGAUGAGGGACAUGUGGAGUACACCUUUGCCUCCUGCACCUCCUGCACAGCUGCAAGUGCCAGCACGAAGGUCCGGUGCCCCCGGUGCCCCCGGUGCCGGAGCACUGCCACCAGGUUCGAAGAGUGAUUCGCCUCGUGAACCUGAAGCACCGCAGAAGGUUCUUAAGCCAUCUACGACCUCCAAGUCAGUGGAGGUACAAGCAGAGCUAGCCAGCCGUGACUUCACGCGGGAGCAACUUCAGCAUCAGGACUUUCGCUCCAAACUGCAGGGUGCCCGCCAGCUGCUGCCAGAACUCAGGGCCCGCCGCAGAGACUUGGACUCGGCCAUCCAGGCCAUCGAAGCACGAUCCGGCGAGCUGCGCCAGCGCUGUGCCGAGGCUGAGCGCGAGGCGCUUGAAGACUUCGAGGUGUUGCGGAAUCAUCUCAACUCUGUUGAGAGCCUCAAGCAGGCAGUCUUGAGCCGAGAGCGUGACGUGCGCCUGCGUCUCGCUGGACAGAUUGAGGACUUCUGCCAGCGCCUCCAGGCCGAUGGAAGCAACGAUGCCAGCACAGCAGCUGCGUUGCGCUCCGAGUUUCCAGAUCUGCAUGCAGCAGCAGAUGUGCUAUGCUCUCGUGCUUGCUCCCUGCCGCAGGUGGAAGUGCCGAUUGACGAUGUGCCUUUUGAAGCCCGAGCACGGUCCGACAAGCUCAGAAGGUACGUCGUGGCCGAGCGGCUGCUCAAGGCCAGGGACGCUUGCCUGUGGCGAAGGGAGCAGCAGAGAAGACAGCUGGUUGCAGAGACCGCCGAGGGAGCAGAGUGGAUCCGGCACCUUGGAUCAAUGCUGGACCGCUAUGCAGAGGAGCUGGGUUAUGUGUGCUACUUCUGCUCAGAGCGGUUUGCUGCUGCGGCAGCGAACACUCGAUGUGCCUGGAACCAGCCUACCUCACCCUCCGGUAGAGCCUUGUCGCCGGACAGACGGGUACCACAGCAUUUGUGGGGUACAGGGGUGCACUUCUGGGUGCCUUUGCCAUCACCUGCAAGUGCAGCAGCAGCUGCUGCUGUUGCAGGUGCCGCAGGCACCGGGCCAGACUUCCGUGAGCACCAUGCCUUCCACCAGCACUGGGCCAGUGCACAGGUACCGCUGCCGCCGCCGCCACCACCUCCGUGGGGCGAGCUUCCGGAGGCUUGGGCCCCACCCCCUCCACAGGUGAGUUCAAGUUCACGUGCAGCAUCUCCAAGUGCCGCAAGGUACGGGGGACAGUCGUUUGCGGGGCCUACUGCACCGAGGAGGGAGCUGGCGGCUUUCGGUCAAGCAGGACCUGGAGGACCUGGAGACUCUGUCGUCAGCCGUGGUCCGGCUGCCUUCGUUGAGCGACGUUGCGGCGGCGGGGGCCCGCUGCCUGCUGCGGAGGCAAGAAGUGGCGACUUGCUUGCUGUCUUGCGAGGGCGAGAGGAAGCCGAAGGCUUUGCUCUGGUUUGA